UCUCCCAAAAGGCGUCACACGAGAAGAAGCAGUGCAUGUAGUGAGUGGUUUAGGAUCCAUUUUGAUUGCCUGGAUUUUUUUACAGCUCUGUUUACAGCAAAUACUUAUAUAACUAGCUAUACACACACAUAAAUAUCUACAGAUACUUUUUGCCAUGUUAGCUUCACCGUCCCCAUUAAAAACUGCACUGCAGUCAGAGGUCUUCCAGUGGCAGAAUGAAUCUUCUUUAGCUGUGCCUUCGGACAAUCAUUUGCGGAAUGGAGCAUCUGGUGACCAGCGUGUCAAGGAGCAGGUUAUGAUGACUGUCAGAAGGCAGAAGCCAAGGACCUCCCAAUCAUCAACCCUGAGUUACGGGAACAGAGGUUCUAUGUAUGAUACCCUUACAGAUAACAACUACAACAUGAAUCGCGGCAGUGGUGGGAAUCACUACUCUAAGUACCAGAGCAACAGUGCAUGGGGAGGCCAGCCUCAGUAUAAUGGUACCCUGAAGAAAGACAACCGACGUUUCAGUUCAUACAGUCAAGUUGACACAUGGGGUAAGCAGCAUCACAUGUCUGUAGGAAGCCCAGUGAGCCCAGGGAGUGACUUCAACUACAUGCAGACCCUCAAGAGUAGCCGGAGUGAACCAGACCUUACAGGUCCGGAUGGGAGGACCACACUGCGCCGGCAGAACCAAUAUAACUAUAUGCAGAACCAGCAUUACCAGCAGCAGCAACAGCAGCAACAGCAGCAGCAGCAACAACCGAGAUCAAUCCGGGGUGGCGUGCAUAAUUCUAGCUUCUACAGCCACCAGAGUGCUCAGCAAAGAAAAAGAUCGACCCUGCCACCAGCAAGAACACCAUCCUCCAUCUCAGCCAUGCAACAGCAGCAGCAGCAGCAGCAGCAACAGCAACAGAUGGUCUACAGCACCAUCCAGAGAAAUGAGGCAGGGCAAGCUCUCCAGCAAAUGCAAAAACAAGAUCAGUAUGGAAACAUGCAUAUACCGUCCAGGUUGGAUUCUCGUGAAGAUUUUGAUGGUGGGGCUAUGACCAUUGAGAGAGCAGUGGAACAACUCACUUAUCCAAAUGAUAAGUACCAAACAUCUGGAGCUAACUAUAUACAACAUACUUGUUACCAGGAUGAAAAUGCCAAGAAUCUGGUUUACCAGCAUAAUGGAAUCAGUAAACUUGUCAAACUUCUUCAGAGCCCCAAUCAGAAUGUCCAGCAAGCGUCUGCAGGUGCAUUGAGAAACCUAGUCUUCAAAAACACCCCAAAUAAACUUGAAACCAGCAGAUGCGGAGGUGUGCGCGAGGCUGUUACGCUUCUGAGGAGGACCCCAAACUCUGAGACUCAGAAACAACUGACAGGCUUACUGUGGAAUUUAUCCUCCACUGACCAACUGAAGGAGGAACUUGUUAAAGAAGCUCUUCCUGUUCUUAAUGAAUGCGUUGUGAUUCCAUAUUCUGGUUCAGGGGAUAACUCCAUGCCUGGUCAGAAAAGCCAGCUAGAUCCUGAGGUCUUCUUUAAUGCGACUGGUUGUUUAAGGAACCUCAGCUCUGCAGAUGUCGGUCGUCAGGCAAUGCGCAACUGCCCAGGGCUUGUUGAUUCACUGAUGUCCUACAUACAACAAUGUGUGGCCAAUAACUGUGCCGAUGACAAAUCAGUGGAGAACUGUGCUUGUAUCCUGCACAAUCUUUCUUAUCACUUGGACUCCGAGGUUCCCAACAAAUAUUCCCAACUCAAUGAGCAGAUGUCCCGAAGCAAUCAGACUGAGAAGACCUCCACUGGCUGCUUCAGUAACAAGAGUGACAAGCUGCAGAAUAACAACUUUGAGUUGCCCCUACCGGAGGAAGAGUCUAAUCCUAAAGGCGCCGGACUCCUGUCUCACUCCAGUGCUGUACGAACAUACCUGUCACUUCUGGGGCAGAGUAAGAAGGACUCAACACUGGAAGCAUGCGCUGGAGCACUUCAAAAUCUGACUGCCAGCAAAGGAAUGAUGUCUAAUGGGAUGAGUCAAAUUAUUGGGUUGAAGGAGAAUGGACUUCCGCAGAUCACCCGUCUACUUCAGUCUGGAAACUCUGAUGUGGUUAAGACUGGAACUUCUCUGCUAAGCAACAUGUCACGUCACCCUGCUCUGCACAAGACCAUGGGUACCCAAGUCCUUCCUGACGUUUCUAAACUCCUAUCCCAAAGCUCUGCAAAUGCAACAAAUUCUGAAGAAAUCCUAUCAUCUGCCUGCUACACUAUGAGAAACCUUGUCAUGGCUGAGCCUCAGCUGGCCAAGCAAAACCUUUCUGGCAAUCUGCUUGGCAAUCUGGUCAACGUUUGCAAGAGCGGUGCAUCCCCAAAGGCUGCAGAAGCUGCACGACUCUUCCUUACAGACAUGUGGUCCCAGAAAGAGUUGCAAGGACUCCUCAAACAGCAAGGAUUGGAUAAGUCAAUCAUGUCCUCUCUAGCAAGCUCCGCCCUCCGGAAUACCGUGUCUCGAGCCUUUUAAGAUGCCAUCCAAUUUUUUAGAAUUUAUGUCCAUCUCUUCUCUCCUCCACUAAGAAACAACUGACUAUGUUCUUCUUCUAUAUUCUCAUCAUCAAAACCAAAUCCAUGUCUGAAGGAAUAAGAAGCAAAGAACAGAGCAUGAUUUGUUGAGGGGAAACAGAGAGGGAAUAAUUGUUUAGGACACUGCACUUAUAUUGAAUUUUAGGAUUAUAUUUUUUUAAAAUGUUUUUAAUGACUGGUAACAAAUCGGCAGCUUGGUCACCGCCUAAGUAUUCCCCACUAAACCAAUUCCAUUAAUAUAAAAUAGGUAUAAAUGGUCACCCAGCUUCUGUAUUGUCCCAUAGAUAAAGACCCACAAUUUACUGCUAUUUUUGGAACUCUGCUAAUAUGUAAAUAGCUCUGAUAACUGAUUUUAGAAUACAGUAACUCUGGCAGGGGCAAGGUUCAUGCUUUACUGUAAGCACAUUUUCUAACAAACACUGGUAGUUAUAAUUAAUUCUUAACUUCAAUAUUUCUAUUUUGUUUGUUAUAAAGCACUUAGUAUUAUUUUUAUAUAGCGCUGGCAAUUUUAAAUGUAUAUGGGGAUAAAGCAAGAGUAUGGUCUCUGUCUUAGAGAGUGCAAUUUAAAUAUAUUAAAUAUAGGUUAAACAUGCAAAGUGUUUCAGCCCUAGAGAGCAUACGGUCUAAUUGUUGAGAAAACAUUUAUUAUGCAAUAUUAUGGCUCAAUUCUAUGUAAGCUUCUAUAAUGGAGUCACAAUAAAAAAAAAAAAUCUAGAGGCAGAAGAUCAUGUGCCUUCCUGAUUACGCUUAAACUGUUA